AUGAAAAACUAUACGUUAAUUUCACCAUUCGAGGAUAUCUCUCCACCCGAAAACCACACAUUGGCGACAUACCUAGUUGAGAAAGCUAACGAAUACGCAGCACAAGGGAAAACUACAUACAUAACCGACACACUCACAGGAGAGUCGUACGACUUUUCAUCGUUUGACAAAAAUACACAAGGCGUAGCAAGUGCCCUUUACAAACGGGGAUUCAGAGCUGGAGAUAUUAUACUCUAUCUGACCUAUGACGUUUCAAAACUGCACAUAUUUUUCACCGGAGUCUGGCGAGCGAACGGAACGCCAAGAGCGUCUUAUCCUGAAGAUGACGAAUCAACUAUAUUUCACCGUAUGAAGGAGUCUCGAGCAGGAUGGAUUUACUGUAAACCAGAGAUGGCAGAAAUGUGUUUAACAAUUGCAAACAAAAUUUAUUGGGACGUUGAUGUCAUUGUAAAUGGAAGGGUGAAAGGCUGUUUAUCGAUAUUUGAUCUGAUGGAUGACGACGGAUCAGCAAUGCCAAAACUGUGUAUAAGCUAUAACGACCCUGCUAUCAUAUUAAACACAAGUGGGACAACUGGACCAAGCAAAGGAGCCGUGUUGUCGCAUGGAGCCUUGAUGAUUAACGUGUUGUCCAUAACGAGUGGACUUUUUGACAAAGAAAAUCCGAAUUUGACUAUUACAAAAGCCACGCAUAUUUCGGGCUGCAUUUUCCCAGCCGUCGGGCUUAUCGAUGGAGCUCACGUCCUUGUUAUGCACACAAUUAAACCAGAAAAUGUUUUUGAAGCCAUCAAAACAUACCAGCCUCGACAUAUUUUCGCAUUUCCAGCAAUGCUAUUGGCCCUUGUCAACCACCCCCUUGUGUCACAGUAUGAUUUUUCUUGUUUACAGUGGGCAACUACUGGUGGUUCACCAUUGACAGGUGCAAUGGUCAGGAUAAUUCUAUCCCUUCCAAAUAUGAAGCAGGUUUUUAAUGUGAGACAAAAUAAACCGAUAAAUUCAUCUUGUUAA